GGUAGACAUAUUUCAACAUGGAGGACAUCGUAGCUGUAGAGAAGAACCCGGUAUGAAUUAGUGAGAUUGUUUCCUGUUUUCCUCUUAAAAUCGACAGAGUUUUUGUGGACGACAUGCCAGCAGUACUGACCUCCAGACCUCAGACAGGCCUGUCCUUUCUGGCACCAGAACCAGAAGAUCUUGAGGAUCUUUACAGCAGAUACAAGAAGCUGCAGCAGGAGCUGGAGUUCCUGGAGGUGCAGGAGGAGUAUAUCAAAGAUGAACAGAAGAACCUGAAGAAAGAAUUCCUCCAUGCCCAGGAGGAGGUUAAGAGGAUACAGAGCAUCCCACUCGUCAUUGGCCAGUUCCUGGAAGCUGUUGACCAGAACACAGCCAUUGUUGGCUCCACUACAGGGUCCAACUACUAUGUGCGCAUCCUGAGCACCAUUGACAGAGAGCUGCUGAAGCCCAACGCCUCAGUGGCUUUGCACAAGCACAGCAACGCCCUGGUGGAUGUGCUCCCUCCUGAAGCUGACAGCAGCAUCAUGAUGCUGACGUCAGACCAAAAGCCAGAUGUGAUGUAUGCGGACAUCGGUGGAAUGGACAUUCAGAAGCAGGAAGUCCGAGAAGCUGUAGAGCUGCCGCUCACACACUUUGAGCUUUACAAACAGAUUGGCAUUGACCCACCCAGGGGUGUCCUUAUGUACGGACCUCCAGGUUGUGGUAAGACCAUGUUGGCCAAGGCUGUGGCACACCACACUACAGCGGCGUUCAUCCGUGUGGUGGGCUCUGAGUUUGUUCAGAAGUAUCUGGGUGAAGGCCCUCGUAUGGUGCGUGAUGUCUUCCGGCUGGCGAAGGAAAAUGCCCCGGCCAUCAUCUUUAUCGAUGAGAUUGAUGCUAUCGCCACUAAGCGCUUUGAUGCACAGACUGGAGCUGAUAGGGAGGUGCAGAGAAUCUUACUCGAGCUGCUGAAUCAAAUGGACGGCUUUGACCAGAACGUCAAUGUCAAGGUGAUCAUGGCCACCAACAGAGCAGACACACUGGACCCAGCCCUGCUACGUCCUGGUCGUCUGGACAGAAAGAUUGAGUUCCCCCUGCCCGACCGCAGGCAGAAACGUCUCGUUUUCUCCACCAUCACCAGUAAAAUGAACCUCUCUGAGGAGGUCGACCUGGAGGACUAUGUGGCCAGACCGGACAAGAUCUCUGGAGCCGAUAUCAACUCCAUCUGUCAAGAGGCUGGCAUGUUGGCAGUGCGUGAGAACAGGUAUAUCGUCCUGUUCAAAGACUUCGAAAAAGCUUAUAAGACAGUCAUCAAAAAGGACGAGCAGGAGCACGAGUUCUACAAGUAGAAAAAAAAAAUAACAUCCUUAAGAAAAAAAUAAAUAAAAGGUGUCCAGACACACACACACACACA